AUAAACAAUUUCUGUACAAAUAAGUAGAAAACCUCCAAAGUGAUUUCUUUCAUGUAAAUGGUUUACUGUUCAUUUCAGUUGGGAAAUACUCCGGAUGAAUAGAAGUUAAAACAAUAUGAAUCACCAUUUGAAGAUUAUUUACCUAACAAUAAGUAUGGCAAUGAUGCUGUUCUCCAUGGGUUAUUCAGAUACACCAGCCAUGUGCUCUGUUGUACAAGGACUUCCAGGUCUAAAUGGCAGAGAUGGAAGAGAUGGAACAAAUGGAUUAAAGGGAGACCCAGGUCUGCGUGGGGAGCCUGGAAUCCCAGGUGAAAGAGGCAGUGCUGGUCCGCCGGGAAAAGUAGGACCGAAAGGAAAUCAGGGGGAUAAAGAAAAUGACGGAGUUGCAGGAAGCAAAGGCGAGAAAGGAUCCACAGGAGCCACUGGACUUGGUUUGCCAGGUUUGCAGGGAAACAAAGGCGAAAAAGGAAGUCCAGAUGACAUUGCUAAGGAACAAUUAAAAGUAUUUGAGAGUCAAUUGCAGAUACUUCAAGCAAACCUUAAUAAGUAUAAUAAAAUUCUGCUCUUCCAUGGAGCUAUACAAUCUGGUGAUAAAUUGUUUGUAACCAAUGGUCUGAAAGAAAGUUUUGAAAAUGCUCAGUGGAUCUGCAAAGAAUCUGGUGGUAGUCUAGCAGCUCCAAAAAAUGCAGCAGAAAACAGUGCUGUGCAGAAGGUACUCCUCUCCAAGGGGGAGUCAAACAGAGCUUUCCUAGGCAUAUCAGAUAUGCAAGUAGAAGGGACAUUCUUAUACCUGACGGGAAACAAAGUCACGUUUACUAACUGGAACCCUGGGGAGCCAAACAACGACAAAGACACUGAAGACUGUACAGAAAUACAAGAUAAUGGCAAAUGGAAUGAUAUUCCAUGCAUUCUGCCACGACUAGUUAUUUGUGAAUUCCAGUAGAACUACUUACAGACAACUCAUUUCAUAACAUGUUACUAUUUGUAUGUAUGAGACUCUAUAAUUUUCUUUUUUAUUUCUCAUCUACAGUAUAUGUUCAGCUCUAUAACAACAAAUUUAUAAAAUAGAAAAAGUAAUAAAAUAACAUUAUUUUAUUCCAUAUAUGUGUUUACCACACUUGUUUUGUUAGUAAACUGAUAAUUCUAA